CUUCAUCCUCUCCCUCCAUUACACACUCUCUCUGUAUAUAUUCCAUAACUAAUUACACCUCUCUCUCUCUCUCUCUCUCUAUACAUAUAAUAUCCAAGAUCCAAUUAUUAAAUAACCCAACAAACAAGCCCGAUUUUUGGCACCAACCCAGAUCACCUCACUCAAAACCCACAUCAAAAACUCUUCAACCUAACUUCACACACACAUUGUAUGUAUCACUGUGUGUCUCCAAUUCCAUCUUUAUGGAUCCACCCAUCAUCAAUGAGAGCUCUUUCUCAGCAGCCAAUCCUUCAUCCUACAGUUUAACUGGGAUCUGGCCCUUCAAUGGCACUCGAAUUGAGGAUUUAGGGCUCAAAAUGGGAACCCUAAUUGCCCCAAUUGGGGACCCCAAUACUAAUCAUAAUAACAACCCAGAUGAUGAAUCGACGGUGACGGAGUAUAGCGGCGGUGGUGGCCGGAAGCGGAGGGAUCCCAAUUUUGAAGAUGAAGGGUCGAAGAUUGUGUCCACUAGUAGUGCGAUUGAUUUGAAUAAGUUGAAUGGGAAAAGAAUGAAGGUGUCGGGUUUGAAAGACGAAUCGGGUGGUGGUUCGAAAAUGGAUCAAGAAAUGAGUUCUGGGUCGGGUAGUAAAGCCCCUGUUGGUCAAGCUCAGAAAGCUGCCGAACCGCCUAAAGAUUAUAUUCAUGUUAGAGCAAGAAGAGGUGAAGCCACUGAUAGACACAGUCUCGCUGAGAGGGCUAGGAGAGAAAAGAUAAGUGAAAGAAUGAAAAUCCUACAAGAUUUGGUUCCGGGAUGCAACAAGGUUAUAGGAAAAGCACUUGUUCUUGAUGAAAUAAUUAAUUACAUCCAAUCAUUGCAACAUCAAGUUGAGUUCUUGUCUAUGAAGCUUGAAGCUGUAAAUACAAGGAUGGCCUUGCCUGUAGAAGGGGUUCCUACGAAAGAUCUUGGGCCACAACCCCUUGAUGCAGCCGGGCUCUUAUUUGGCUCACAGACCCCACGACCAUUUGGACACGAGUCCCAACCUGAAUGGCUUCAUAUGCAGUUAGGCAAUAACUUUGGGCGAAUGACAUGAACCGCAUACCAGACCGCCCACCACCACGUGCUACUACAUUUUUAGCCAAAUAGAAAUCAGGAAACCGUAGCGGUUGCAAUGUGUGAUUGCAUUACUUGUGUUAUAUAUAUAUAGAAAAAUUGUAUCAGAAUGAGACUACUAUUGAUAAUUAUGGUCUUUGUAUUUGUACUAUACUACCACCUGUAGAGAUUUGCAUUUCAGGUUACAUGUAUGUUAUUGACAGCUCAAGUGUACUUGGACUUUCUAAAUUUAGAAACAAGUCUCAUUAUUGUUUAACAA